AUGCCUGAUGAAGAGAUUCUAAACAAAGCCAUCGAGCUUGGUACAACCUAUUUCAAAAGUGAAGAUUAUAGAAAAGCAAGAAGUUUAUUCGAAAAGGCCCUAAAACUAGUUGAUUCAUACUCAAAAGACGAGAUAAAGAAGCUCCGAGGAGAAAUUUAUCAUGUUGAUGAACUUCCAGAUGAGCUGUAUAAGAGAGUCAAAUGUGAAAGGAUUAUAACACAUCCUAAGCAUGUAAAAAUACUGGAUAACUUAUCGGCAUGUUGGGAAAAACAAAAUAUACUGGAUAACGCGUUGAAGUUGUCCCAUAAAAUGGUUAAGCUUGAGCCAUUCAACAUAAAAACGUAUAUUAGAAAAGGCCGAAUAUUAAUGAAGUUGACUAAAUAUAGAGAUGCCUAUCAUAAUUUCAAAGAAGGUCUCACCAGAAUACAAUAUGCAUCACAAAAGUAUGAACUUAUACCAAGUAGAAAACUAAUGAAAUAUUGUGAACAACAAAAGAAUAUUGUUAGGGAUAUGUUCCUAAAUAAAAGUAAAUCGUUAGACUUGGCAGGGACGAACGAAAAGAAACGUAAGCUGAUAGACCCCAUACUGGAACAAGUACAGUUGAAAAAACAGAAAGAGUCUGACGCUGAAGAGUACUUUAAUAUAAAAGAGAUUGAUUUCAUUGAGAAGCUGCCUAUUGAACUUACCCUGAAGAUUCUCAGGAAAAUUCGGCCAAGACAGUUGGCAGAAUUAAUGCUCGUGUGUCGAAAAUGGAGAGAAGUAAUAUUACAAGCGCCAGCAUUAUUUGAUGAGUUCUUAUUUCAAAAUAUUACAUUACGCCAAAUGAUUAAGUUUAAUGCUUUUAUUAUGAAGUUGAGCAAGAUUAAUUUUUAUAUUAGUGGAUCUAAUAUUUUGCAUUUUAAAACUCUCAAAAUUUCACCAAAAUCACCCUCGGAGGAGUUUAAAAUCACCAAAAUAUUAUUAGAGAGUUCUUCAGAGAUAAUUAGAUGCAACAGACUAAUCAUGGCAAUACCUAAUACAACAACUUCACAUAUUGCAAAAAUGAUACCCAAAAGUAACGAGUUCACGAAAUCUAUUAGGGAGCUCUCAUUAAUGUGUACACUCAGGGCGGAUAAAAAUUAUGAACUAGAUAUUUUAGAAAGCUUUGAAUACCUUACAAGGCUUGAGAUUAUGUUUCAUAAUUCUUUGGUACCUCUGAGCAGUUCCAAUGAAGAAGUAACUGGUGUUGGCACCCAAAAUGCUCAUUGGACUAGAACCCUCAAAUACUUUAGUGUAAUUUGUGAUACAAGAAAAGUGCCAACAUUUCCAUUUAAAAAUAUAUUACAAAAUAAGAACUUUCCAUCUUUAAAAAAGCUUUGUAUUAGCGGAGUUACAAUGUCUUUGCAAGCUGAUCAAUUCGAUUGGCUCACAAACACUCCUGCAUUAAAUGAACUUUGGCUAGAGAAUAAUAACAACGCGAAGCUAUCUCAUUUUUUUAGUACUAUUAGAGAUAUUCACAUUUGGGAUGACUUGAAGAGGCUCACAUUUCGUGAAAAUAGAAAUUAUGACAAGGUAUCUCUAGAGGCAAAUAAUAGAAGCUAUUGCUACCUGUCUAAUCUGAGAUCUUUGGAGACACUUGAUUUAAUGGGUGGAUCGAUAACUGGUCUUGGAUUAACAAGACUUUUCAGUUAUUUUAUGGAUUGUAAAAUCACCAAACUAAAUUUGGGUGAUUGCAUGAAUAUUCAAUUUACACUACUACCGCCAUCGCAUGCAAUGGAAACAGCAUUACAACCAUCUUUUUUACUUUCAUCAUUACCAAACCUAAACAAUUUACAGCUGCCUAAAAUGGCAACUUUGGAUGAUGAUGCAAUAACUCUUUUCUCAAAAUUUGCUCAUCUUAUGUCUUCAAUGGAUAUACUUGAUAUAUCUUUCAAUCCAUCGGUCACCGGAGUCUCUGUCUAUUCAUUUCUAAAAAACCUAAACACUUAUAGAGAAAAAGCACUAGGUUUGCUUAAUAUUGAUAACUGUAACAAUAUUUCACAUAUAACUGUUGGAACUAUAUUGGCUCAAGGGUUUGUCAACAAAGUUAGUUGUGUCUAUGAGAGAGAACAUUGGCACAACUUUGGAAGUAAUUCUUUCAGAUAUAUGGGCUGA